AUGGUUUCCUUGCCCAACUUGAUUGCCCUUCUCUCUGUCUUCGUUGCCGUUUCUCGUGCCGCAGACAUAACUGCAGCCAAAAACCAAGACGUGAACGCCAAAUGGUUCGGAUUCGACGGCAUGUUGGGCUGGAACACCUGGAGCGGCUUCGACCUGGACUUCAUGGGUACUCCAUGGCUCAACAGCUGGGCCGGACUGCUCCCCAGCUGCGCCGGAGGACUCGUCUUUCCAUCCACCUGGGGCAUGAACGGAUUCUUUGCGAAGGCCUCCGAAGAGGCUCGAAGCGUCAGCCGACGGGCCAUCAACCUCGAUGCCGAACAGCUCUUCCGUCGAGACCAGCUCCAGUCUGACACCGCCAGCUGUCUCAACGACAAGGGAGUCUAUGAGCUUUACUCCAAAUCCGACUGCAAAAAGGCCGCCAAGAUGUUGCAUGAGAAGGAUGUCCACACUGCCUCCAGUGGAAAUUGCCAAUUAUCUCUUUACAACGCCAACGAAAAGGUUUUUGCUAAACAACUGCCGGAUCAGAUGCUCGUCAAAGCCGCCGACCGGAUCUUGAGCACGUGUGGCCAAAAAGCCAGCCAACCUAAGGGCUCUCAACAACCCCGCGUCGAGGACAACCAGGUGGCCAUGCUCCUCUCCAGACCGUCCAAGUGA